AUAAGACAGAAUCACGAGAUUAAUAGAAAACCAUCACUGGUUUAUUUUGUUCAUCUGAAAUACACCCAGUUUCUGCUCUCUUCAGUUCCUCUUGCAUCAUUACAGCCUCGCUGUCUAUCCACACUUCCAGUCUCAUCGGUCUCAUAUUUGCAUCCAUGUUUGGGUGUUUGAUGUGCGUUGCGGUCCACCCUGUCCUCUUCCUCUCCUCCUCCCCGCCGUGGUGCAUCGCUCUGCCUCAUGGCUGCCUGCCUCCGAUGAUGCUGAUGCUGAUGUCAUCACCGCCUCCCAGCAUCCCUGGCACAGCGGCGCCGCCAUUUUCCCCACUUUCAGACCGACUGACUGACGGACGGACGGACAGCUUUACGGCGGGGCCUCUGGAGCAUCCCGCACCCAUCCUCCUGUUUAUCCGUCUGGCCCUCGCUCCUCCCUCCCACCCCCUGUCUCCCACUCGUUUCUCUGACUGGCGCACCGCUGUGUUCAGCACUCAUCCCACCCAGCGCCGCUGCUGCUUCUGCUGCUGAAGCUGAGGCAGAGUCUCUCCCUGUUUCCUCAGCGGAUGCUCCAUGUAUGGAUGCGCAACGGGAAAUGAUGCUGUAGGCUAACCAAAGACAGAGCGAAAACCCAAAGUGCAGGCUGUCAAAGAGACUCAAGAAGGAGGCACCGGAGGAUCCUGCCGCUGUUUUGAAUGGGCAGGGGAUUCACCCUCUGCGGUUGUCGAGUCUGAGUUGCUGAGGUUUCAGGUGUGUGUGCCCAUAACCACACGGAUCUCUAGCUCUUCCACUCGCACCGACCGAGAACAUGGCUGGGGCUUCGGUGAAGGUGGCUGUGAGGGUCCGGCCCUUCAACUCCAGGGAGAUCGGGAAGGAGAGCAAGUGCAUCAUACAGAUGUCUGGAAACACCACGACCAUCCUGAACCCUAAACAGCCGAAAGAAAACAAGAGUUUCAACUUUGACUUUUCAUACUGGUCACACACCACGCCCGAGGACAUCAACUAUGCGUCCCAGAUGCAGGUGUACAGGGACAUCGGAGAGGAGAUGCUGCUGCACGCGUUCGAAGGCUACAACGUGUGCAUAUUCGCAUACGGCCAGACAGGAGCGGGAAAAAGCUACACCAUGAUGGGCCGACAGGAACAGGACCAGCAGGGAAUCAUACCUCUGAUGUGCGAGGACCUCUUCACCAAGAUCAGCGACAGCAAUAAUGACAACAGCAUGUCCUACUCCGUGGAGGUGAGUUACAUGGAGAUCUACUGUGAACGUGUGCGUGACCUGCUCAACCCCAAAAACAAAGGAAACCUGCGCGUGAGAGAGCACCCUCUGAUGGGACCCUACGUCGAAGAUCUGUCCAAGCUGGCCGUCACCUCCUACAACGACAUCCAGGACCUGAUGGAUUCUGGAAACAAGGCCAGGACUGUGGCUGCUACCAACAUGAAUGAGACCAGCAGCCGCUCCCACGCCGUCUUCAACAUCAUCUUCACGCAGAAGAAACACGACAUGGACUCGGAAAACACAUCGGAGAAGGUCAGUAAGAUCAGUCUGGUGGACUUGGCUGGCAGCGAGAGAGCCGACUCCACCGGAGCUAAAGGAACCAGACUGAAGGAAGGAGCAAACAUCAACAAAUCUCUGACCACACUGGGGAAAGUUAUCUCUGCUCUGGCUGAACUGGACUCGGCACCCAACAAGAACAAGAAAAAGAAGAAGGCGGAGAGUUUUAUUCCCUACAGAGAUUCAGUUCUGACUUGGCUUCUGAGGGAGAACUUAGGAGGAAACUCUCGCACAGCCAUGGUGGCUGCCCUCAGCCCCGCAGACAUCAACUAUGACGAAACCCUCAGCACGCUCCGGUAUGCUGAUCGGGCCAAACAGAUCCGCUGCAACGCAGUGAUCAACGAGGACCCCAACAACCGCCUGGUGCGCGAGCUGAAAGAGGAGGUGGCUCGUCUCAAAGACCUUCUGUAUGCGCAGGGCCUGGGAGACAUCAUAGAGAACCUGUGCGAUUACAAGAACUUUGUGAACAAUCGCCAGGCUGUCAAUCAAAGGGGUGAUCUCUCCGCAGUGACCAACGCCAUGACGGGGAUGAGCCCCUCCCCUUCGAUGUCCGCCCUGUCCAGUCGCGCCGCCUCCAUCAGCAACCUCCACGAUCGUAUUUUCAGCCCCGCGAGCGAAGAGGCCAUUGAAAGGCUCAAGGAAACUGAAAAAAUCAUUGCAGAGCUCAAUGAGACAUGGGAAGAGAAGUUGCGCCGCACUGAGGCCAUCCGCAUGGAGAGAGAGGCUCUGCUCGCUGAGAUGGGUGUUGCCAUGAGAGAAGAUGGAGGCACCGUUGGCGUCUUCUCCCCCAAAAAGACCCCCCAUCUGGUGAACCUCAACGAGGAUCCGCUGAUGUCCGAGUGUCUGCUGUAUUACAUCAAAGACGGCAUCACCAAGGUUGGCCGUGAAAAUGCAAAGACUCGUCAGGACAUUGUUCUCAGCGGCCACUUUAUCAGAGACGAGCAUUGCACCUUCAGCAGCACCACCGGCCCCCAGGGAGAAGGAUGUGUCGUCCUGGAACCAUGUGAGGGGGCGGAGACUUACGUCAAUGGCAAAAGAGUGACCUCUCCCAUUAUUCUGCGGUCCGGAAACCGCAUUAUCAUGGGCAAGAGCCACGUGUUCCGCUUCAACGACCCAGAGCAGGCUCGUCUGGAGCGGGAGAGGACGCCAUGCGCCGAGACUCCGGUGGAGCCGGUCGACUGGGCCUUCGCUCAGAGGGAGCUGCUGGAGAAACAAGGCAUCGACAUGAAGCAGGAGAUGGAGCAGAGGCUUCAGGAGCUUGAGGAUCAAUACCGCAGAGAAAGAGAAGAAGCCAGCAACCUGCUAGAACAACAGAGGCUGGACUACGAGAGUAAACUGGAGGCUCUUCAGAGACAAGUGGACUCUCGGUACCUGGAGUCACCCGAGGAAGAGGAGGAGCCUGAAGAGGAAGUGCCGUGGACGAACCGCGAGACAGAGCUGGCGCUGUGGGCUUUCAGGAAGUGGCGCUUCUAUCAGUUCACCUCCCUCCGUGAUCUGCUCUGGGGCAACGCCAUCUUCCUCAAAGAGGCCAACGCUAUUAGUGUGGAGCUGAAGAAGAAGGUGCAGUUCCAGUUCGUCCUGCUGACGGACACUCUCUACUCUCCGCUACCCACCGACCUGCUGCCCCCCAGUGUGGCUAAAGAGAGAGAGAGAAGACCCUUCCCUCAAACGAUCGUCGCCGUCGAAGUGCAAGAUCAAAAGAAUGGAGCCACACAUUAUUGGACCCUGGAAAAACUCAGGCAGAGGCUGGACCUAAUGAGAGAGAUGUAUGACCGUGCUGCCGAGCUGCCCAGCAGCGCCGUGGAGGACUGUGACCACGCCCUGACUGGAGGCGACCCCUUCUACGACCGCUUCCCCUGGUUCCGCCUGGUUGGCAGAGCUUUUGUGUACCUGAGUAACCUGCUGUACCCAGUGCCACUCGUUCAUCGCGUGGCCAUCGUCAGCGAGAAAGGAGAGGUGAAAGGCUUCCUCAGAGUAGCUGUGCAGGCCAUCUCAGCUGAUGAGGAGGCUCCUGACUACGGCUCUGGUGUUAGGCAGUCGGGAACUGCCAAGAUCUCCUUUGAAGACAAACAGUUUGAGAAGUUCCAGACCGAGUCGUGUCCUGGUGGCCUGUCGCACUCCAACACCUCCCAGGAAGAGCUGCGCAUUGUGGAGGGAGAAGGACAGAACGCGGAGAUGGGAAUCUCUGCAGAUGAAGUUAACAACAACACCUGUGAAGGUGACUGGACCGCUCUACAGGAGAUUCCUCGCAGCCCAGUGAAGAGUUCAAGUCUGGGUUUGGAUCUCCCUCUGGACGUGUCUCCAGAGAAAGCUCUGUCUCACCUGAAGAUCGGCAGCACGUUCACCUUCAGAGUCACCGUCUUGCAGGCCUCCAGCAUCUCGGCAGAGUACGCCGACAUCUUUUGCCAGUUCAACUUUAUUCAUCGGCAUGACGAAGCUUUCUCCACUGAGCCCCUGAAGAACACAGGCAGAGGACCUCCACUGGGAUUCUACCAUGUACAAAAUAUCACAGUGGAGGUGACCAAGUCUUUCACAGAGUACAUCAAGACUCAGCCCAUCGUCUUUGAGGUGUUCGGACACUAUCAGAAACAACCCUUUCCCCCGCUCUGCAAAGAUUUAAUCAGUCCUCUCAGGCCCUCCAGGAGGCAGUUCCCUCGGGUCAUGCCGCUAUCCAAACCAGUCCCGGCCACCAAGCUCAGCACUCUGACUCGCUCCACCGCAGGACCUUGUCACGCCAAAUACGACCUCAUGGUGUUCUUUGAGAUCUGCGAGCUGGAGGCGAAUGGAGACUACAUCCCAGCUGUCGUCGACCACCGAGGCGGGAUGCCGUGCCACGGGACCUACCUCUUACAUCAGGGCAUUCAGAGGAGGAUCACAGUUACCAUCGCCCAUGAAACAGGAAAUGACAUCGAGUGGAAAGAGGUGAAGGAGUUGGUGAUCGGUCGUAUUCGAAACACUCCAGAGGCCGAUGAGACCAUCAUAGACCCCAACAUCCUUUCCCUCAACAUCCUGUCCUCUGGAUACUUCUGGCCAAAACAUGACGACAACGUUUCCUUGGGAGUUGAUCAUAGGACUUUCUACCGCUUCGAGGCGGCAUGGGACAGCUCCAUGCACAACUCUCUGCUCCUGAACAGGGUCACUCCUUAUGGGGAGAAGAUCUACAUCACCCUCUCUGCUUAUCUAGAGAUGGAGAACUGCACUCAGCCGACGGUCAUCACCAAAGAUUUCUGCAUGGUGUUUUACUCUCGGGACGCGAAGCUGCCGGCGUCCCGCUCCAUCAGAAACCUCUUCAGCACCGGCUGCCUCCGGCCCUCUGAGAGUAACCGUGUCACAGGAGUCUAUGAAGUAACUCUCUGCCACGUGGCCGACAACGGAAGUCCAGGCAUGCAGCGCCGCCGCAGGCGCGUGCUGGACACCUCAGUGGCGUACGUCAGAGGAGAGGAGAACCUGGCUGGAUGGAGGCCUCGCAGUGACAGUCUCAUCCUCGACCACCAGUGGGAGCUGGAGAAGCUCAGCUUGCUGCAGGAGGUGGAGAAGACCAGGCACUACCUGCUGCUGAGGGAGAAGCUGGAGGCGACUCUGCAGGCCGGGCAGGAUGCGCUCUACAAGAGCGGCGACAUCAGCGACUUCGCAAAGAGCCCCGUCCUCAGCCACAGCCCCGGCAGCAGCCCCGCGCCCGACAGCCCCAACCAGAGGCAGAGGGAGCUGGCUGCUAAGUGUCUGCGUCUGCUGAUGCACACCUUCAACAGGGAGUACAGCCAGGUGAGCAGCAGUGCCAGUGAGAGCAAGCUUUCGGAGAUGUCUGCAUCGCUAAUGAGAGAGUCAUCGUCUUCUACACUGAACACACUCACACCCUCCUCUACGUGCCCCUCACUGGUCGAGGGACAUUAUGACAUUAGACUCACCGAUCCCAGUUCGGGUGCAUCCACACCAGACCUGGACCCCUACAGUCCAGUCGACAGAAAGAAAGCUCUCAGAGGAUGCACCUUCGUUCCUGACAUACAGGAGAUUCGUGUCAGUCCCAUCGUGUCAAAGAAAGGCUACCUGCAUUUCCUGGAGCCCCACACCAGUGGCUGGGUGAAGCGUUACGUGGUGGUGCGCAGGCCCUACGUCUACCUGUACCGCAGCGAGAGGGACAGCGUCGAGAGAGCCGUCAUCAACCUGUCGUCUGCAAAGGUGGAAUACAGCGAAGACAAACAGACAUUACUGCGGACUCCCAACACGUUCGCUGUGUGCACUGACCAUCGCGGGAUACUGCUGCAGGCCACCAACGACAAAGAGAUGCACGAUUGGCUGUACGCUUUCAACCCUCUGCUAGCCGGCACCAUCAGGUCAAAACUCUCCAGAAGAAAGUCGGUCCAGUCGGUCCCGUCUGCUCAGAGGAUGUGAGGAGGCGAAGCAGCCUGUUGGGAGCGACGAACAAACAAACCAACACAAUCUGAGCAAGUUGAGCUCGGCGUCCUGCUCUAAUGAACAUAGACAAACUUAUACAUCGAACCAUUUAAAUAUCCUUCUAUGUGACGGCCGCUCCACUCCCAAAAAAGUCCCUCGAUCAUUUAUUCCAAAACCUAACAAAAUUUAUUUUCUUCAGACCCCUGCAUGAUGUGCUCCUUUUCAGACCUUUAGAGGAAUUCAUAAGAAAAAAUAACCACCCAAACCUCUGCCGGGCAUUGGGACUAGUUCUGAUUAGUUUUCAUGUACAUGUAGAAAUCUGUGAGGCUUACCAGUUCCCUGUAGGAAGAUAGAAGCCAGCUCCAUAUCACAGUUGUAAACCGAGCAUUAACCAUCGACCAUUAACAGCAUCAUGAGAAGAGGAAAAUGAAAACAUGAAAGCGGAUGUUCCUCUGUGUAGAAGUGGUUUAAGUGCAGGGAUGAAAGCUCCAUAUAACGCAUCCACCAAACAUAGACUGUACAUUACCUCAGUUUGGAUUGGCUUGGUGCUCUACAGCAUAGAGCGUUUGUUUUGCUGCAGACAGCUGUGGCUCGUCAUUUUAACACUGAAGUAGCACGAGGAGGGAUUUGUUAGGACAAAAGGAAAAGCUGUUGUUCUUAUGUGUCUUUUUUUUAAAAAAAGAAAUAAAUAAAUAAUAAUAACAUGGGCUUUUAAGGCAAAAUAAUCCACGGUCGGGAGAGAAAACUCUCCUCUCUCUUGGUUAUGUGCACUGUUUCUUUUUACAUAAUUCCUUGUAGACAUAAGCAUAAAGGAAAGCGUUGUGUAUCGUUGCUCUUGUCAUUUCCACCAUUUCCAUUGCACUGUUAUUUAUUUGUGACGGGAACACUGUCGGUUUUGUUGCAUGGCACUUUAAUGAGUUAAUGUCUUUUAUCAUUUGCUCUGUUAUUUUGACCAAAGCGUUGUUUUCUUGUUGCAAUCAAUGUGCCGUUGGGUUGGCAGACAGGUUUUUUUUUUUUUUUGUUAAAGAAUUGUUGCGAGUUUAAAUGAAUAAUUCAACAAUUUGGGAAAUUGCUUGUUCUUCUUCUUGCUGAGAAUCAUAAUAGGAGAAGUUUUAUACAACUCUCAUAGCUGUACGGUAACGACGAAACUGAAUCUGGAAUUAAUUGGCUUAGCAUAAAGCUAACAGAUUCGAGAUACAUUACAACAAGCUUUAGAGGGGACGGCACGUAAGUUAAUCUUAACUUAAUCAUCUCCUGGCUUUAUUUUAACGUGUAAGGAUUUUGUAUGACAAGCCGGUUCUAUUGUUGUAUUCGGAUCAGUCCACAUACUCAUGUGUGCAGUGCUUCCCCCUCUCAGGGAACAUCUUCUGCCUCUUGGCAAGAAAGCAAAGCAGCAAAUUUCCCAAAACUUUGACGUUAUUCUUUUAAAGAAAUCACUAAAUUGACCUAGGAUGUUUUAUACGAUGAGCCGGGAGAACAACUGUACUGUGUGUGGUUGCUAAUUUUUUAUCAAACAAGCACUCGUUCUGUCUUGUUACGGGCCAGCGGAGUUGCUACAUUAAAUGUGUUUUCUCCUCUUGUAGCUAAAUAGAAAAGGACAAAGUUAUAAUCAACCAUGGACCUGUUAUCUGUUUAGGGCAGUUUCCUUGAGUGGACAAGAGCGUUGUCCUCGUACCAGAUAGUGCCUCCCUUUCUUCACCUCUUUUUCUUCUCUCCCUCCUUCAUUAGCAUCUUCAACAUUACAUGCUACAUCUAGUUAUCUGUGUCCAAGAUUAAGCUUUUAUGUAGAGUAAUAGGUACUAUUGUUUUUUUUUUAAUUGAUGAUGAUCUAUGUCAAUGUUUUGGAGAGUGAAUAUUAUCAAUGAUCCUCUAUAGUAUGUCGGUAUAGCCAGUACAGUACAGUGUAUAUCUCAUUAAUACGGACUGUAAAUGUUGCCUUCAGAAGAAAUCUCCCUCUUAGCUUUUGUACGGUAGCUGCUAGAUAUAGCUUGAUGCUUAUGUCACAACACCAGUGCAGUAUGAUUAGCCUGUGGAAGUUAAUACUUUAUGGUUUCUAGUUGCUUUUGUCCGUCGUUAUUGUACCAAGGUGGCCUCGAUUGUUGCUUUUAAAUCAAUGUUAUCAGUUCAAGGUGAAAUUAAAUGUAGUAGAAAUGUGCCGUGUCAUGCUAGAAUCAAUAGAUACAGAGCCCAAUAAUGUAUGUUUCUCAGGAAAACACAUUAUAAUAUUCAAAGGAUUGGUCAGUCAACCAAUUCCCCCUUUCCAAAUUGCUUGUUGUCAGAGUCAGUAAACAGAAAAGGUUUAGGAGUCUGUGUGCCUCAGGCCAGCCAACCUGUAGAGCAAUGCAGACUAGUACAGUUGAAGUAUGUGAAUAACCUGACUCUGACCGGCCGAAGUUAACUGAUGCCAUUUAUUCUGUGUUAGUUUUGGGUCAUCUUGGUAUAAUCAACAUUGUUUUGUAUAUCAGUUACAGUUUUAUCGUGUGUGUUGUCUGCUGGCACAGAAGACAAAUGGAAAGUUUUAUUUAUAGAGUUUUGAUGGAUAAAUAAUGUUCUCAAAUAUAUUGCACUCAUGCACAACGCAUCUUUAUUUAAUAUUACUUUGUAUCAUAGUGUUUGUAGAUUAUAGGAAAAAGAAGGUUCGCUUUUAAAAAAAUAUUAUGGGCCCGUCGUGAAAGGAGAAGAUUAGAGUCUGUGUUGUUUUUUUCUGCUUCAGUGGUCAAAGCACCACCACCACUGCACCAAAUUGCAUUGACUUUUUCAUUUACAACUGGCAGAUGACUUGCAAUGCUUCCAGCCCCGGUAGUUCAAGGGUAUCAUGGUAACACACUUUGUGAGGCAGUCUUAUUGUGCUGGCCAAUAAUUGUUGAAAGGUACAUGAGCUGAUUAUUUUCUAUUUGGCUGCUUUUUAACUGUCAUAGCUCUGGAUCAAAGCAUGCAGGUCCACUUAUCUUCUGCUGUGCCCUCUCCCUUCCUCAUGCCUUACCGCUAGCUAAUGACAACAGCUUUCCACCCCUGAAGUGCUGCUUGUAAAGUAUUGUCAUUCAUGAUCCUUGUAAUAAUUAUCUGGAAACCUUCCUCUUGGCUCUGUCUUGUAUAUAAAUGGAGAUUUCUGUGUCGGGUUGCAUCACACAGAUGAUAUUAACUCUCUUUUCCCCUGUAUACCAUGAUGAAUAAGAAUAAGAGACCUGCUGCUUUGUCAAGUGUUGCCGCAGAGGAAAGAGUGCUGACCGGGGAUGAUCCAGGGUCCGUACUCUAGCCCGGGGUUGCUUGACAGAAGCAGAGACGGGUCUUAGCCUGUGGUAAAGUCUUAAUCUCAGUGCUCACGUUUAUCUUUUGAGUGUACUGGAGUUCUUUCUCAUGUCUGUGGACACAUAACAAAAGUUGUCAAAGAAAAAAAAAAAUAAGGCAAAUAAAUAAAGAAAUGAGUGUUGAAACUUA